AGACCCACUCAAACCAAAAACAAUCAUGAUGAAACACCCCCUUCUGCACCCUGCACUCCUAAAAAGCAUUAUUUCUAUUUCUUCUCUUUCAAUUCCUCAUUCUUCUUCCAUUUCUUCUACUAUUUCUCAUCAUCAAAAUCAUAAUAAUCAUAAUAAUCAUAAUCAUAUUAAUCUCAACAUUUCUUCCCUUAAAUUUACCUUCUUUCACUUCUCUUCUUCCUCACUCAACCAUUCUCACAUCACCCAAAAACCAUGAAAUUCUUCUCCACUCUAUUCUCCCCUGUUUUCCUCUGUUUUUUCCUUACAAUUUUCCCAUCACAAAUCCAACCCAAAUCACAACAAUUAGACACAAAUUCAAUCCCAAUUCAAGUAAUUUCACUACUUUCCCUUAAAUCUUCACUUAAGGACCCUCAAGGUACCCUAGAAAGUUGGGAUCCUACCCCAAUUUUGUCAAAUUCUUCCCCUGUUUGGUGUUCUUGGUCAGGAAUCAAAUGUGCACCAAACUCCUCCUUAAUCAUCUCUCUAGACCUCUCAUUAAGAAACCUUUCAGGAAAAAUCCCACCUGAAAUUCACCAUUUAUCUUCCUUAAAUUACCUUAAUUUAAGCAAAAAUGCAUUUGAAGGUAAUUUCCCAACCACAAUUUUUGAAUUAUCUCAACUUAGAAUCCUUGAUAUAAACCACAACAAUUACAACUCAACUUUCCCAAAUGGACUUUCAAAGCUCAAAUUCCUAACACAUUUCAACUGCUAUAGCAACAGUUUUGUGGGUGGUUUACCACUUGACCUCGCCGGAAACCGGCAUCUUGAGUACCUCAACCUCGGUGGCAGCUACUUUUCCGGCGGUAUUCCGGCAGAAUAUGGAAGUUUUCCUAGGAUAAACUUCCUUGAUUUAGCAGGAAACAACCUUAAUGGCUCAAUCCCACCUCAACUUGGUUCUUUGUCUCAACUUCAACAUCUUGAAAUGGGGUAUAACAAUUUUAAGGGCACUUUACCAAUUGAGUUGGGUAUGUUAUCCAAUUUACAGUACUUAGACAUCUCAAAUUGUUCCUUAUCAGGAAACAUACCCCAAGAAAUUGGGAACUUAACAAAGUUAACAACAUUGUUGUUGUUCUUCAACAAUUUCUCUGGUGUCAUCCCUUCUAGUAUAUCCAACUUGAAGGAGUUACAAGUGCUUGAUUUAUCGGGUAACCGGAUUUCGGGUCGGAUACCCGAAUGGAUUUCCGGGUUAAAGAAGUUGAGUAUACUUACUUUGUUAAGCAAUGAGUUAAUUGGUGAAAUUCCACAAGGUGUUGGUGAUCUUCCUAAACUUGAGUUCCUUAAUCUUUGGAGUAAUUCACUAAAUGGGUCAUUACCUUCUAAUCUUGGAAAAAAUGGGAAGCUUGUUAAACUUGAUGUUUCAUCAAACCGGUUAACCGGUUUUUUACCGGAAAAUCUUUGUUUCAACAACACAUUAGAGAAGCUAAUCUUGUUUAACAAUGAGUUUAAUGGUGAGUUACCAAAAUCACUUGUGAAUUGCACUUCAUUAGUGAGGGUUAGAAUUGAGAAUAACUUGUUUAGUGGGAGUGUUCCUUUUGGGUUUGGAUUGUUGCCUAAUCUUGUUUUUAUGGAUGUUAGUAAAAACAAUUUAAGUGGGGAAAUACCUAAUGAUUUGGGGUUAGCACCAAAAUUGAUGAACUUGAAUGUUUCUGAGAAUUCUUUUAAGGGUGAGUUACCCUUAAAGAUUUGGGGUAGUCCUAGUUUACAGAUUUUUUCUGCAUCUUUUUGUGGGGUUUCUGGGAAAAUCCCAGAUUUUAAAGGGUGUAGAAGUUUGUACCAAAUUGAGAUGGAAGGAAACAAUUUGAAUGGGGCAAUACCUUGGGAUAUAGGGCAUUGUGAGAAGUUGAUAUCCUUAAAUUUAAGGGCAAAUAUGUUGACAGGGAUUAUUCCUUGGGAAAUCUCAACUCUUCCUUCAAUUAAUUUUGUUGAUCUUUCUCAUAAUUAUCUUAGUGGAAGUAUUCCUUCACAUUUUGAUAAUUGUGGUACUUUGGAGACUUUUAAUGUGUCAUAUAAUCUCUUGAGUGGUGCUAUACCAUCAUCUGGGUCAAUUUUCCCUAAUUUGCACCCAUCAUCAUUUGUGGGUAAUGAGGGAUUAUGUGGUGUUUUGAUCGGAAAACCGUGCGUGUCCGAUGAUUCUCUGGUGGCCGGAGAAGCCGAGGUGAACGACGAGAAGCCUAAGAAAACGGCCGGGGCUAUUGUUUGGAUCAUGGCCGCCGCGUUCGGGGUUGGACUAUUUGUUUUGAUCGCCGGUAGUAGGUGUUUUCAUGCAAACUAUAGCCGGAAAAUUUCCGAGGCCGGGAAGGAGGUCGGUCCGUGGAAGUUGACCGCCUUCCAACGGUUGAACUUCACGGCGGAUGACGUCCUCGAGUGCUUGGCAAUGAGCGAUAAGAUCAUCGGGAUGGGGGCCACCGGGACCGUGUAUAGGGCCGAGAUGCCAGGUGGCGAGAUCAUAGCAAUCAAGAAGCUAUGGGGCAAACAAAAGGAGACAUUGAGGAGAAGACGAGGGGUGCUCGCCGAAGUGGAGGUGUUAGGGAAUGUAAGGCAUAGGAAUAUUGUGAGAUUAUUAGGGUGUUGUAGUAACAAGGAAAGUACAUUGUUACUAUAUGAAUACAUGCCUAAUGGGAGUUUAGAUGAUUUGUUACAUGGUAAGGUAAAAGGGGAGAAUUUGAUUGCAGAUUGGUUUACUAGGUACAAAAUUGCACUAGGUGUGGCACAAGGUAUAUGUUACUUACACCAUGAUUGUGACCCGGUUAUUGUUCAUCGUGAUCUUAAACCUAGUAACAUACUUCUAGACGCCGAGAUGGAGGCACGAGUGGCGGAUUUUGGGGUGGCGAAGUUGAUAGAAAGCGAUGAGUCUAUGUCCGUUAUUGCUGGAUCAUACGGCUACAUAGCGCCCGAGUAUGCUUAUACGUUACAAGUCGAUGAAAAGAGUGACAUCUACAGUUACGGGGUGGUACUAUUGGAGAUAUUGAGCGGGAAAAGAUCAGUACAACAAGAAUUCGGUGAAGGGAACAGCGUUGUGGAUUGGGUGCGUACUAAAAUAAAGGCGAAAGACGGGAUCAACGAUAUCUUAGACAAGAACGCGGGGGCGUCAUGUGUAACCGUGAAAGAGGAGAUGAUGUUAGUACUUAGAGUCGCGUUACUUUGUACAAGUCGUAACCCUGCUGAUAGGCCGUCUAUGAGAGAUGUUAUAUCGAUGUUGCAAGAAGCUAAACCUAAGAGGAAAUCGCCUAGUCUAGGACGAGGCGAGAGUGGUGAUCAUGUAAUAGAAAUUGGUGGUUGUGGUGGUGGUGUUGAUCAUAAUAACAAUGUUGAUGUUGGAGAAAAGAAGUAGAGAAAUUAAUAAAUUAUGUUCAUAGUAAUUA